AUGGCCUCAAGCACACUGAGCGCGUACACAGCUGUGUUCACUUAUCGCGCUCUCCCGCAAUCCACCGUCUCCUACACCGCAACCUGGAGCAAUCUAGGUCCUCUCACAACAGUCUUCACUCCACCCGCGAGUUGCAACACACCCGUGUCUACCAACCUCUUCAUUCAAGCCCGUGGAGCAUGGGGUCAACACUGCGACUGGACUAGAACGGCAGAUCUUCCCCGUUCAGAAUGCUAUCCUUCAUACACAGGACCAAACCCCGCCGCUAUUGCGGGCGGGAACAAUAACUGGCUCCCAGGCGAGCAGAAAUUCUAUUACUCGCCAGGCUAUUCCUGUCCCGCAGGGUGGCAAGCUGCGACGACGCUCACAGGUCCUGCGCCGACGAGUAUGGGAAUAUGGGAUGAUGGGCAGAAACCUCUGGCGCUCGUUGGUGUUCCGGGUACACAAGUCGUUUGUUGUCCGAAUGCUUGGACGAUGGGCGGUUUGGUGCAAUGUUACUCGCGCGUGGAGACUUCAACGAGAUUGCAGGCUUGUAGGUCAGAAAGUCGGAGUUUCAAUCAUACAAAUGGCACGCCCGAUCCGACUACUGGGACGACGACAAGGACCGGGACAACGAUCGUGGCGUACACGACGCCUGCGGUGCUGUUGGUUCAUGAUGCGCCACUUGAGGGAGGAAGUGGUGGGAGUGGCAAUACCACAAAGAUUGCAGUCGGAGUGGCCGUACCGGUCGUGGUGCUGCUGGGGCUUGUCGCUGGGAUACUUUUCUGCCUCAGACGAAGGAAACGAAGAAGAGAGGCGCUGCAGCAGACCAGUUAUCAUUCGAGAGCAGUGUUGCCGGAUGCAGGAUAUGGAGACGAGCGUCAUGCUGCUGAAUUAUCGGACGUCAAGCAUCAGAGCAGUGCUGUAACUUAUGCAAAGGCCGAACUCGAUGGAUCCGAUCCAAGCAGACGACUUCUUUCGCAAGAGAAGUCAGAGCUCCAAGGGACAUAUGUUGAUGCGUAUCAUGGGCAGGCGGCUACUGAGGUGAAGCACGACACUGGUCAUGAAAUAGGUGAACUGGAAGACACGGGCCGCCGCCACGAGCUGGGCUACGCGACCCAGGCUGCAGGUGAAGUUCCAACGACUUUGCAACCUUCUAGGUCGUGA